CUCCCUGCUGCCUCGGUCCCCCUCCCCCUGCAAGGCUGUCAGAGAGGGAAAGAGACAGAGAAAGCCCAUUGCGCCGCAGCCUUAGCGGGAGACGGCCCACAGUUACACACCCAGAAGGAGGCCGUCCAUGUCAAAGAGCAGAUCCCGGAGCUGCGGAGCAUGCUCAGAUCGAGCCCCCACGGAGACGUUUUCGCAGCGCUCCAUUCAUUGCCUCGGCUGGAGCUGCAGGGAGGGGGGGAAGGGCAGAAGAGGAAGAUGCUAGGGGUCCUGAGGGGAGGCUGAGGAACGCUACCCGAGGGAGGGUGGGAGGGAGGUCAAUCAUUGUCAGAUGACCUCGACUUGCUUUUGGCUGAUGGCGUUUGCCACCUUGGACGAGUAGCCGUGGGAACGAAUUGGUCUUCUUAAACUAAGGAUCAGCUCGCCUAGGGCUACAUUCGGGUGCCACUUCCUUCUGAGUUUUUUUUUUUUUUUUGGGGGGGGGGAGAGGGGGGGUUGGGAAGGGUUUUUUUUUUUCUUUUGGCACCCCGCCAGGCUCCCGGCUGUUACUAAAACCAGAAGUGGAGCCUCAAGCUGGAAUCAUGAUGUGCUCUGCGGCCAGCCUGUGGGGCAUGGGCUUAUUCCAGGCUGGUUUGGGUGGCAAGGAGGAAACGUCUGGGUUAUUUUAGGUAUGAUUUAUUGAAGACAGAUCUGAAGUCUCCCGCACUCCUGUCUUCUGUACCAGGCUUCAUCAUGAGUGUCAAGAAGAUGAAGAUGCUUUUCCUUCUGAUGUUGUUCUAUGGCAGUGUCAACAGUGAUGCAGUUUCGAAGCCCAACAUUAUUAUAGCAAUGGCAGAUGACCUUGGCAUUGGAGAUCCUGGAUGCUAUGGAAACACAACACUAAGAACUCCUAAUAUUGACAGGAUAGCCAAAGGGGGAGUGAAAUUAACUCAGCACUUAGCUGCAUCUCCACUAUGUACACCAAGUAGAGCAGCUUUCCUGACAGGCCGUUACCCUGUCCGUUCAGGGAUGGCUUCACGCUCUAAGGUUGGAGUGUUCCUAUUUUCAGCUUCUUCAGGUGGACUACCUACAAAUGAAAUUACUUUUGCCAAGCUUUUGAAGAACCAAGGAUAUUCUACAGCCCUGAUAGGAAAGUGGCACCUUGGGAUAAACUGUAACAGCAGAGAUGACUUCUGUCACCACCCUUUAAAUCAUGGUUUUGAUCACUUCUAUGGACUGCCAGUGACCAAUUUGAGAGACUGUAAACCAGGAUCAGGCACUGUGUUUACCACAGCCAUUCAUAUGUUCGUUUUCAUUCCCCUGCAAAUUGUUGGCAUUGCUCUUGUCACUUUGGAGGCGCUCAAUUGCCUUGGCCUGUUUCGACUCCCUCACUGGGUAUUCUUUUCUUGUCUUUUAUUAGCAGCUACUAUAAUUGGGCUCUUAGCCUGUUUCCUUCAUUUUUUCCGACCUUUAAACUGCAUCCUGAUGAGGAACCAUGAGGUUGUCCAGCAGCCAAUGUCUUAUGAAAAUCUCACUCAGAGGCUGACCAGGGAAGCUCUCAAGUUCAUAAACAGGAACACUGGGACACCCUUCCUUCUUUUCUUAUCCUACAUCCACGUCCACACUGCACUGUUUUCUGCCAAGGAGUUUGUGGGCAAGAGCAAACAUGGCAUGUAUGGGGAUGCUGUGGAGGAAAUGGACUGGAGUAUAGGGCAGAUCUUAAAAGCUCUAGAUAAGAAGAAAUUGACAAAUAAGACACUGGUGUACUUUACCUCUGAUCAAGGAGCUCACAUUGAGGAAGUGACGGACAAGGGAGACAUCCAUGGAGGAAGUAAUGGAAUUUAUAAAGGUGGAAAAGCUAAUAACUGGGAAGGAGGUAUCCGGAUUCCAGGACUUCUUCGCUGGCCAGGAGUGCUACAGCCUGGAACAGUGAUCGAUGAACCCACCAGUAACAUGGAUCUGUUUCCAACCAUUGUCAAACUCGCAGGAGCAACAUUGCCUGAGGACAGAGUUAUUGAUGGACGUGAUCUGAUGCCCUUGCUUCAAGGAAAAAUCCUCCAAUCUGAGCAUGAGUUUCUCUUCCAUUACUGUAAUGCAUAUUUAAAUGCAGUGCGUUGGCAUCCAAGAAACAGCACAUCUAUCUGGAAAGCUUUUUUCUUUACACCAAAGUUUAAACCGGACGAUUCCAAUGGCUGCUUUCCCACCCAUGUAUGCUUUUGCAAUGGGCAUUACGUCACUCGUCAUAAUCCACCCCUACUUUUUGAUAUCUCCAAAGACCCAAAGGAGAGACAUCCAUUAACUUCAAAAACCGAAAAUCAUUUUCAUGAAAUUCUAAGAGUCAUGCAAGAAGCUGCAGACAACCAUACGAAGACACUCAGUGUGGUUCCCAAUCAGUUAUCCUGGGGGAACCUUCUUUGGAAACCCUGGCUUCAGUUGUGUUGUUCUUCUUCUUAUCUCUCCUGCCAUUGUGAUCGGGAAGCAAAAGGUAGGGGUAAAGGUGUCAGACUGUAACAACAAGACAAGUAAAGACUCUUCCCUGGAUGAAUAAUCUUUAUUUGAAAAAUUCAAAACUUGGAAUUCUGUUAAUUAUCCCAAUUGUAGUUAACAGGGCCUGACCGACACAAUCAUUGUACUCCCCUGGAUUCCCUUGGCAUGGUGUACUUUCUGUGACUUGAAGGAUUGACUGUAGGAUGUUUUAAUAACUUGAAGAAAACUUUAGGGUUUGCUCUGUUGAGAAGGAAGAACAAUGGAUUUAAGUUGUAGGAACAAUAUGGCCGAGUUGGUUGGUGGGGUGGAUUAAGAAGUGUGGGGAUAAAGGAGGAAUCUGAGUAAGUGUACAUAACACUUGAGCUGAUAAUCGGGCUCUAUAAAAGCUCCAAAGAGAAUCCUCCCUUGUUCUUGAACUUCUUGUUAAGUCAUCUAUUCCAUGACUUGGAGCUGGACAGAAGGCCUGGCAAUGACUACCCAGCAUUGACAGAUUUUUUGCAUUAAGGAAGAAAAUGUGAAUCAAGAAAGAAAUUGCUAAAUAAAACAGAGAGCUUUUAAAAACACUUACAACUUGUAUAAAGAAUACCACUUAUAGCAGUGGUAAAUAAUGCAACUUUUUACUUUGUGGAUGAAAAUUAUUGUUGUUCAUGAUAAGUGUUUAUUGAAUAUGCUAAGUGCAAUGUGCAAGUGAUUUAAAACCAACUUCAGGACUCUAGAAAGUUAACAGAUGCAAAUGUGUAUAGUAGAAACUUUCUAGGAAGUACGAAUUCAUUAGCUUGCUCUAUACUUCACAGGAGUGCCAUGCCAUGGAACUGACUUAUAGACAAGGCCAUAAGGUUCAUUUGGUACUUCAGUAGCUUAUUCCCCAUGACUGACCCACCCUAUACUGAAUUCUACUCUGAGGUUCAUAGCGAUGUUCUAAUAUAGUUCCUUUUGUGAUGAAAAAUUGAGAGGUUUUAAAAAAAAGAAGCGAGUUCUGGGGGAAGACACUCAAUAUAUAGACUCCCAAUGUGAUUCAACAUGUCACUUUGUUAAAUUAUUUUUUAAUCUUGCGGUGAAAUACAGUUUAAUUUGUACCACUAUUAAACUUUCUGUUUCUCUUCUAUUAAUGAGUUAGUGAUAAAAGCAAUUACUUUGGCCCCUGGUGGCCAGAAUGGCCCUGGGCAUAUAAUACAGAAGGCCUUGUGCUUCCAAUUCCUGUUGGGAGGCAGGACUAAGAGAACAUCUUGGUUUGCUUUCCUAUUUCCCAAGCCACAGUCACACAGAGUGAAUCCUCAAUCCUGACUAAUUCAUCUUGAUCUGGGGAAGAUUGUGCUUCUUACUUCCACUCUGAUAUUAAGUGAAAUAUUCAGUGGGACUUAAAAGACUUUUUCCACUUCUCUUAUUCUGCUACCCUUUAGGCAAAACAAAUUUCCCCACAGAAAGAAAGAAUUAAAUAUUCCUUUGGGGGACAGGGAGAAAUCAUUGAAAUAAGGCCAAAGCAAGUGACUUUUGUAUAUUGGCUUGUUUAACUGUAACUCCUUAUAUAGUCUUUCUAAGAGAUUUCUGUAACCUGUUAGAGCAAGUUUUUUUUUUUACCUUUCUAACUCAAUUUUAUUUUCCAAUCCUGUAAUAAGAAGUGAUAUUUUCUCUUUGAGAUUUAAAAAAAAUGUGUUAUUUAUGCCCUUUGUUUAAAUAUUUGUUGCAAUCCCCUCACCAACCCAACCAACUGAAGACUCCCUUGUAACAAAGAAAAACUGUUAAGCAAAAAGUGACAACAACUGGCAGUGGAUACAAUGAAAUCCUGUCCUCAUAAUUCCCUGCCUCUCUCUGCCAUGAGCAGGAAAAUAGGUUUCAUUAUCUGUUCUCCUGGACCAUUAUUGUGUUUUCAUUUACUCAACUUUCAGUUUACUUUUAGUGAUCUUUUCGUUUGCAUUGUGGUAUCAUUCUGUGUAAUGUCCUUUUAGUUCUGAUUACUCUGUAUCAGUUCAUAUAAAUCUUCCCACUUCUCAGAAGUUCUCAUAUUCAUCAUGGUACAAUAAUAUUCCAUUGUACCAAUGUACCAUAGCUUGUUUAGCCAUUUUCUUAUCAAUGUUUACCAUUUGCAGUUUUCUACCAUCAUAAAAUGUACUACUAUGAAUAUUUUUGUAUAUAGUGGUCCUUUGUUUCUGCCUUUGAUUUUCUUGGGGGGUAUAUCUCGAAGAAUGGGAUCACUGGGUCAAAAGAUAUGAGCAGACUGAUAACUUUUUUGGAAUAAUUCCAAAUUAUUAUCCAGAAGUUCAACCAAUUCAUGACUCCAUCCACAGAGUAUUAAGAUGAUUGUUUUUCCCAUAGCCAUUGACUAUUUCCAGUUUUUCGCCACCUUUGAAAAUUUUCUAGGUGUAAGAUAAAACCUCAGAGUUGUUUUAAUUUUUGUUUCUCUAAUAAAUGAUUUUGAGCUUGCCUUCAUAUGGCCAUUAACAACUUGUAGUUGUUCAUCUGAAAACUGUUUAUAUACUAUGGCCACUUAUUUAUUGGGGAAUGAAUCAUGGUGUUUAUAUAUCUAUGUUAAAUCCCUAUGUGUUUGGCGUAUCAGACUUUUUAUUAGUGAUAUUUGAUGCAAAGUUCUUUUCACAGUCCACUUAACAGUUUCUCUUCUUAUUCUGGCUGCACUGAUUUGGUUGUGGAAAAGUUCUUUAGUUCUAUGUGUUUGAAAUUGUUCAUUUUGUCUAUUAUGAUCAACUCUAGCCCAUGUUUGUUAUUCUUCCUCCAUUUGUAGUUGUGAAAGGUAUAUCCUUCCAUUUUUCUCUAAUUUUUUCAUGAUGUGAUGUUUUAUAUUUAGUCUUGUAUCCAUUUGGAAUUUGUUGAGCUGUAUGGUAUAAGAUUCUGGUGUAUACCUAAGUUCUGCCAAACUGCUUUCCAAUUUCCUCUCCAGGAGGUUUUGGAAGCUUUAAAAUACACAAUAUUUUAAAUACCAUCGCUUUCUUAUUAUUGAAAAACUAGUUAAAACUCUGCUUAUUGUAUUAGAGAAUGUUCUUAUUGUAUUAGAGAAUGUAUUAGCAUGUUAUUUGUGUAUCAGAUUGGCAACUGAUACAAGUAUACAAAAGUUUAUUUAAAUAGUGGAAAGAACAUUGGACUUGGAGUCAGGGGACCUAGAGGCAGCUAGGACUAGUGCUGGACUUAGAGUAAGGAAGACCUGAGUUCAAAUCCUGUCUUAGACACAUACUGGCUGUGUGACUCUGGACAAGUAAACUUCUCUCAGCCUCAGUUUCCUCAUCUGUAAAAUGGGGUUAGUCUCUGUGGCUCUCUUCCAGCUCUAGGUCUAUGAUCCUAUGAUUUGAGUUUGAAUGAUGGCUCUGCUACAAAUUGCUUGUAUGUUCUUGGGCAAGUCAAUUAACUUCAAAUUUUUCUCUUCUGUAAAAUGAGUGGAUUAUACUAGGUAAUCUCUAAGGUCCCUUCCAACUUUAAAUUCCAUGAUAAGAAGAGCAAAAAUUCCUAGCUAUAACUUUGAUCCUAAUGCAAUUCAGAUUUUUAGAAAAUAUUAUAUGACAUGGGAACCUAUGUUAAAGAACUAAACCUAAGAAAGCUAUUGUUGCUUAUUUUAUAUAUAAAAGUUUGCUUAUAUUAUAUACUAUCUUUUAACCUAAGAAAUGUCAUCAGCUCUAAAAACUAAGGUAACAAGAGUUUGAAAAGUGUUUGCUUUGAAAUAACUAACAGUUACUAUUAUAUUUUAGGUUGUUUAAAAGUCAACUAUGUGUAUAAUAACCAUAAUUGUCAUGAUUUUGAAACCAUUUGCCAACAUUCUGUUUGCAUGAUAAGACAGUACAAAAUGUGGAUAUUUAUCAUGUCAAAGCAAGAUCAAGAAAAUUUCCUUAGAGAAAUAGAUAACUUUUGCAGUGCUGUGUAGCAUGAGUACUUGGUUGCCAAGUAUAACUGCUGUAUCUUCUAUAUAUUAAUGUACCUUCUUGCUGAAUUAAUCUGGAGGUUUAAAACAAAAUUCACUAAACCUUAUCCUAAAAACUUCUACUUUUGAAGAUGUACAAACCUCAGUACAAACCUAUGCUACAUUCAUUCAUUCAUAUUUAGAUAGCUAUCAUUUUACCAGGUCAGUAAGUUUUUAGGGAAAUGAAGACUCAUGAUUUCAUGUCCCCAUGGAAAUAAGGGUUUAGUUAAGGAAACACAGCAUCCCAAAUUUCCCUAAAGGACACAUACACAGAAGGUGUCCUGGGGAGGUACAUGCCCCACAUCUGAGUAAUAUUUUCCUCAAAAGUGACUGUCAAAUUAAAAAUUUUCCAUUUUGGCUAUAUGAAUUAAUGCAAAGUUAAAACUAUAAAUUCUAUAUUUCCUUUACCUUUGAAAAUGAUGAAUUAUUUCAGGCUGUGGCAGUUUAGACCAGAAAAUUUUUUUUUAAAGCAUCACAUUUUUCUUCUUGCUGGCUUCAAUCUGAGACCCACAGCCAACCUGAAAGUUUCAUAAACAAAAUUGCAAACAAAGAAAGCCAGAUGGAUUUUUUUUUAAUAUGAAGAGAACAUCAUUAGGACUAGGAAAAACAGUAAUUCAACCUUGGAAUAGGGUCUAAAAAGUUGAUAAGUGGUAAAUAGUGCAGAGAAGCAGAUAAUUAAUAGCCACUGUAAUGUCAGUUAUGGAAUAUAUACGUAAUGUAAGUUGUGGAAUUAUAUAUGAUGAGAAACAGACUUAGGAUCAUUGGAUUUCAGCUCUGGGAGAGACCUCAGAGGGCCUCCUCUCUCAUUUUACAGAUGAAAAACCAGACCCUGAGAGAUAAGAUGGCUUGCCUUUAUUUUGGACAGCCUAAUUUCUAGGAUAGAUUUUAAAAGAGCAGGAUUUUAGGUAGAUUAGAUUGAAAGGAGAAAGGUACCCAGACCAUCUAGAAUGAAAAUACAGGACUUGGAGUCUAAAGAAUGCCGUUGAAGUCCUUGUUCUCCCAUUUACUACCUAUGUGACCAUGUGUCCUUAGGCCUCAGUUUUCUCAUCUGUAAGAUUAGUGGGUUUGACUAGAUGGUCUCUAAGGUUCUUUCUGGCUCUUACAAGCAUUAGCACAUGACCCUCUCUAACUCAAAGGAGGAUGAAUUAAAAGAAAAGAGCCCAGGAGUCAGGAAGUGAGUAAUGGGAUUGUGUGUUGGUUAUAUGCCAAGGUGACUGCACACCCUAACCCAUCAUUUUAUUUGCCUUCUUCCAACUGACCACUUUUGUGUUAAUAGAGCUACCUCUAGUGAUCAUUAUUUAGUAAUAUGUCUUUGUUUAAUGGAUUUUGAAUAAAGUGAUUUUAAUUUA